AUGGGCUGCCCGCGGAGGAAGGCCCUGUCUCUCCUUAUUUUUGUGCCUGCCUGUCUGCAUGGGGCUUUGUUGCAGGACUACAGCCCUGCAGGGCAAAGGAAACCAUUUCUCGAGAGGCUCCGCAGACUGGAAGGGCAGUUCCAGAGGCUCCAAGAGGUGACCUUAACACACCUGCGAGUCCUUGCCCGUAACUACAACCUGUCCUACGGUAUCGAUGCUCGGUUCCAGAGCCUGGUGCAUGAGACCCAGGCCGUGGCUCUGGCCGUGAACCAGUCGCAGGCCGCCAUGCAGGGCGACCUGAGCCACCUCAAGACCUGAAUGCAGAAGACCCAGCGCAGAAGCUGGAAGGUGGAGUCCAGGCUGCUGGCCUUGGGUGCUGCGCUGAGUGAAAGGGGCAAGCAGCGCACCCAGGAGGGGAAGGAGCCGCAGGUGCAGAGGGGUGCCCUCUCCGGCCUGGCCCCGGACCUGAGGGCCCUGCAGGACACGCUCGCUCGCCUCACACACCUCGUGCAGGGCCAGGGCGCCAGGCUGGCUGCUCUCAAGGGCCGGCUGCAGGUGGCCUGCCCUGGCACCAUGGCCCCAGGGCUGACCCCGGGCCGGCCCCCGACCCCACCUGGGCUGCCGAGCUCCAGCUCCCCAACGCUGCAGAGGGGAAGGCAGGCGCUCAGGCCUUCACCUGAGACUGGGGACCCACCUCAGGACUCUGCCAGUGGUCUCCAGGGGACUCGGGCGCUCCCCGGCCCGGGCAGCCAGCGGGCUUGGCCCCCCGAGAGACCAGGAGAGAAUAAAUACCAUGGCCUGCCCUUACUCCGUCGGCCUCGCCUCUCCCCUCUCCCACCUCCUCAGGCCUCUGGUCCCCUCUGGACAGCCUUCUCCCCCAAGCUGUGUGGAGAGGACACUGGCUUCACAGCCCUGUGCACCCCCAGAAGAAAGGGGGGCGUGCAGGUGAUGGCCUGUCUUCGGCCCCCCCCGGCACCCUGGGGAUGGGCUGAUGGUGCAGCAAGGACCCAUGGCACCCUGCACGGCCAGCCUCACAGUGCUGACUCAGCCACGGGGUCUGAAGCCCAUGCCCGGGAGCGGUGUGGACACUCCUGCCGCCGCCUGGUGCUGGGGCUGACUCUCCCCCUGUUUCCAGCCUGUGACGUGGGCCCCGCGCUGGUCUUCCCGAACACCUCCACCCGGAACGCCGCCUUCCUCAGCCCCGGCUUCCCGUCAGGCCUGCAAGCCCUAUCUGUCUGCAGCUGGGUGCGCACGGCCUCGGGCCGCCUGGGCACCCUGCUCUUCUACGCCAUGGAGGAGAAUGACAACAAGCUUGUGCUGCACGGCAGGGACUCCCUGGCCCCGGGCUCCAUCCACUUCGUGAUCGGAGACCCGGCCUUCAGGGAGCUGCCCCUGCAGCCGCUGCUGGACGGCCGGUGGAACCAUGUGUGUGUCAUCUGGAUGUCCACCCUGGGCAGAUACUGGCUGUACGUGGACCGCAGCCUCGUGGCCACCGGCUCCCACUUCAGGGAGGGCUAUGAGAUCCCUGCAGGAGGGUCCCUCGUGCUGGGCCAGGAGCAGGACAGCAUGGGGGGCGGGUUUGACAGCUCUGAAGCCUUCGUGGGCAGCAUAGCAGGCCUGGCCAUUUGGGACCGGGCACUGGUCCCCGGGGAGGUCGCAAAACUGGCCACCGGGAGGGAGGUCCCCGGGGGCGCCAUCCUGACGCUGGACAAUGCCCAGUGGGGAGGCGGAUACGUGCAGAGGGUGAACUGCAGCUGCUUGGAGCUCUGCCCCUGAGGCCCU